UUUUCCUGGUUUCUUUCAUCUUCUCAGUUGGAGGGAAUAGGGGUGUCAGGAGGAUCACUGAACACCAUCAAUGCCAGAGUCCCAGAGAGGAGGAGGAGGGGGAGGAGGAGGGAUGUCCCAUCCGCUGGUGAUGGGUGACCACUUCCAAUAGGAUAGGAGGGGUUUACGGAAAGGUCUGUUUUAAUCGCUCUCACGCCGAUUUUAUUCGUUCAUCGAUGACUAUCAUCUCGAAACGACAGCGCAUGCAUAUAAGUUGACAGCUGAAGUUCAUUUGUAUGCCGGUGAAGAAUCCCGAGAGACAGAAGAACCUUCUGAGCUUGAGCUGUCAGCAGAGAUCAUGAGGAAGAGCCGGAGCGUCUUGGCAGUGACACCUAGUGAUGAAAGCAAGGACCUCUCAGCAUGUACGUCUUCAGGAGCUACGUUGGGUGUGGAUCUCUGGCGAGGCCCCAGACGCCUCUCAGGAACCCUUGUGUUGCCGCCAUUGUCAUGGAGACAGGCAGAGAGGGCCCGCAGUCCUCAAGAAGAUCACGUUUCCAGACCCACGUCACUGGGCUUCAUUACUCCACCGCGUAUAGAUAUCACACCAGUGCCACCUGAUAGUUUGGAGGUGGAGAAUGGCCCCUCUAUCGGCUGUAGUCCACUGGACCUGCAGGCCUCACCGGGCUCUGGUUUGGUUCUUCAUCCCAACAUGGCCAGUCACGGUCAAAGGCGGGAGUCUUUCCUUUACCGCUCAGACAGCGACUACGACCUCUCUCCCAAAUCCACCUCUCGCAACUCUUCGCUUGUUGGAGAGCAGCUACAUGGUGAAGACCUGAUUGUCACUCCUUUUGCUCAGGUGCUUGCAAGUCUUCGCACUGUUAGGAACAAUUUCAGCAUCCUGACAAAUGUCCAGUGUCCCUCUAAAAGAUCACCAGUCAGCAGUCAACCACCAGUGACCAAAGCCAACCUGUCAGAUGAAUCCUACCAGAAGCUGGCCGUGGAGACCAUGGAGGAGCUAGACUGGUGCCUGGACCAGCUGGAGACCAUCCAGACGUACCGCUCCGUCAGUGACAUGGCCUCCAACAAGUUCAAGAGGAUGUUGAAUCGGGAGCUGACACAUCUGUCUGAGAUGAGUCGCUCUGGAAACCAGGUGUCUGAGUUCAUCUCCAACACAUUCUUAGAUAAACAGAAUGAACUGGAGAUCCCGUCGCCCACUCCAAAAUCGCGGGACAGAAAGAGGAGGCAGCAGCAGCUGAUGACUCAGAUCAGCGGGGUGAGGAAGGUCACACAAGGCCCGGGUCUGUCCAGCAGCUGCAGUACGGCCCGCUUCGGUGUGAAAACAGAUUUGGAGGACUUGCUCUCAAAGGACCUGGAGGACAUCAACAAAUGGGGUCUGAACAUCUUUAAAGUUUCAGAGCACUCUCACCACCGGCCGCUGACCUGCAUCAUGUACGCCAUCUUUCAGGAGAGAGAUUUAAUAAAGACAUUUAAGAUCCCAGUGGAUACCUUUGUGAUGUACAUGAUGACCCUUGAAGAUCACUACCACGCAGACGUGGCCUAUCACAACAGUCUACACGCGGCUGAUGUGGCCCAGUCCACACACAUCCUGCUGUCCACACCUGCACUGGAUGCGGUCUUUACAGACCUGGAGAUCCUGGCUGCUAUCUUUGCAGCAGCCAUCCAUGAUGUGGACCACCCAGGAGUCUCAAACCAGUUCCUAAUUAAUACCAACUCCGAGCUGGCACUCAUGUACAAUGAUGAGUCUGUUCUGGAGAACCAUCACCUAGCGGUUGGUUUCAAGCUCUUGCAAGGGGAAAACUGUGAUAUCUUCCAAAACCUCUCCAAGAAGCAGCGACAGACUCUGAGAAAGAUGGUCAUUGAUAUGGUACUAGCAACAGACAUGUCCAAGCACAUGAGCUUACUGGCUGACUUGAAGACAAUGGUCGAGACUAAGAAGGUGACCAGUUCAGGAGUGUUGCUACUGGACAACUAUACGGACAGGAUACAGGUCUUACGAAAUAUGGUUCACUGUGCCGAUCUCAGCAAUCCCACCAAGCCAUUAGAUCUGUACCGGCAAUGGACGGACCGCAUUAUGGAAGAGUUCUUCCACCAGGGUGACCGAGAGAGAGAGCGAGGCAUGGAGAUCAGCCCGAUGUGUGACAAACACACCGCUUCAGUGGAGAAAUCUCAGGUUGGUUUCAUUGAUUACAUCGUGCAUCCCCUAUGGGAGACCUGGGCGGACCUGGUGCAUCCAGAUGCGCAGGAUAUCUUGGACACUUUAGAGGAGAACAGGAACUGGUACCACAGCAUGAUACCGCAGAGUCCCUCCCCUCCCUUCUUCGAAACGGGAACUGAUGGUGGAGACAAGUUUCAGUUCGAGUUGGAGGUUGAGGAAGGAGCCAAGCAGGAUACAGAGAACCUCUUAGAGUCAGACUGUGUAGAGAUAGUGACGCAUUCGCCUCCAUCCACCGAGACGUAGCACCUCACUACAAUGGCUGUCAUGUUGGCCAUAUUUGAUGAGAGAGUAAAGUGGAGGAACGUUUUUCUCCUGCUUCCUGAGAAUCCCUCAGAGGACCGUUGUGUCUUGGGACUCUGCUGUUGUUUCAGAGCCCAAAUGGGGAGUGAGAGAACAUCCUACACAAUCUAGCUGGAAUUUGCAGGAAUCCAUUCAAGCUGAACAUUACCAGAAGUGGACGGACGGACGGCCGAACCGAAAGUGCCAUAAGCUGGAUUUUCUUAAUAAGACGUUACAGUCUGAUCCGAAUGUUGGAGUGGGUUUCUGUGAAGGAGAAAUGCUGACCCUCUUAUAAGAGGGCUUUGUACAACAACGUCAAAGUGACUUUUUUGUAAAAAAGUGACUACUUUUUUGUACUUGUGUGUUCUUUGGUGUCACAUCCAACUACUCUUUUGGAAACAUGAGAGAUGUUGUCAUGCUGAAAGCAAAAGCAUGUAAUUCCCAGUUGUGUAUUGGGAAUGCAGUCUUCCUAAAUUUUGGACUUCAGAAUAAUCUAGUGCCAGCAUACUUUAUUCAAGUAAUACAAAACCUUUGUAUUUUGUAACGAACAGUUUCUCUUUUAAAAGGCGUUGUUAUUAAGCGAUUCUUCUGGUACAAUUAAUGUGAUGUUUUAUGUCUUAUUAACUAAAAACAAGAUCCAAAGACUCCAGAUUUUUAGUGGUUACUCUUAAAGGAAUGUUCUGGGGUGAAUAUAAAUUAAGCUAUUUCGACUGUAUUUGUGGCACUUUUAUGUUGAUUGCCACAGAAAACAAUAUCUGUUUUUUUUUUGUUUUUUUUCAUUGUAAGAGCCAUUAUAAGUACAGCAAGGAGCUACUUUUAUAAGCGAUUUUUGCUUUUAAAAAACUGAUGGAUGUGUCAAUA